AUGUAUUUAUCAAGAUUCCUGUCGAUCCAUGCCCUUUGGGUUACAGUGUCCUCUGUGAUGCAGCCCUACCCUUUGGUGUGGGGACAUUACGACGUGUGUAAGACUCAGAUUUACACAGAAGAAGGGAAAGUUUGGGAUUACAUGGCCUGUCAACCCGAAUCCACAGACAUGACAAAAUAUCUGAAAGUGAAACUGGAUCCUCCGGACAUUACUUGUGGAGAUCCUCCGGAGACCUUCUGUGCAAUGGGUAACCCCUACAUGUGCAAUAAUGAAUGUGAUGCAAGCACCCCAGAGCUGGCACACCCCCCUGAGCUGAUGUUUGAUUUUGAAGGAAGACAUCCCUCCACCUUUUGGCAGUCUGCUACUUGGAAGGAGUAUCCCAAGCCUCUCCAGGUGAACAUUACUCUGUCUUGGAGCAAAACCAUUGAGCUCACAGACAACAUAGUGAUUACCUUUGAAUCAGGUCGUCCAGACCAGAUGAUCCUGGAGAAAUCCCUGGAUUAUGGACGAACAUGGCAGCCCUAUCAGUACUACGCUACAGACUGUUUGGAUGCAUUUCACAUGGAUCCCAAAUCCGUGAAGGAUUUGUCACAGCACACGGUCUUAGAAAUCAUUUGUACAGAAGAGUACUCCACGGGGUAUUCCACAAAUAGCAAAAUAAUCCACUUUGAAAUCAAAGACAGGUUCGCAUUUUUUGCUGGACCUCGGCUACGCAAUAUGGCUUCCCUCUAUGGACAGCUGGAUACAACCAAGAAACUCAGAGAUUUCUUUACAGUCACAGACCUGAGAAUAAGACUGUUGAGACCAGCCGUUGGCGAAAUAUUUGUGGAUGAGCUCCACUUGGCACGCUACUUCUACGCAAUCUCAGACAUAAAGGUGCGCGGAAGGUGCAAGUGUAAUCUCCAUGCCACUGUGUGUGUAUAUGACAACAGCAAACUGACAUGUGAAUGUGAGCACAACACAACAGGCCCAGACUGUGGGAAAUGCAAGAAGAAUUAUCAGGGCCGGCCUUGGAGUCCAGGCUCAUAUCUCCCCAUCCCCAAAGGCACUGCAAAUACCUGUAUCCCCAGUAUUUCCAGUAUUGGUAACUGUGAAUGCUUCGGCCACUCCAAUCGAUGCAGUUAUAUCGAUCUGCUAAAUACAGUCAUUUGCGUGAGCUGUAAACACAACACUAGAGGGCAGCACUGUGAGUUAUGCAGGCUGGGCUACUUCAGAAAUGCUUCUGCACAGCUGGACGAUGAGAAUGUGUGCAUAGAGUGUUAUUGUAACCCUUUGGGCUCAAUCCAUGACCGUUGUAAUGGCUCAGGAUUUUGUGAGUGUAAGACUGGAACAACAGGGCCUAAGUGUGAUGAGUGUCUGCCAGGAAAUUCCUGGCACUACGGCUGUCAACCGAAUGUCUGCGACAACGAGCUCCUGCACUGCCAGAACGGAGGGACGUGCCACAACAAUGUGCGCUGCCUGUGCCCAGCCGCUUACACAGGCAUUCUCUGCGAGAAGCUGCGGUGCGAGGAGUCCGGCAGCUGCGGGCCCGACUCGGGCGAGGGGUCGCCCGGGCACUGCAGUCCUUGGCUGCUGCUGCUGGCGCUGCUGGGCGCGCUGCUGGGGUCCGCCAGCCCUUAGGGUCCUAG